AUGAAACAGGCUAGCACGGAUGCACAAGUGCGGGUGUGCUGCCCUGGGGCUGGGGGCCACGACCGGCAGGGACCACACUCAGACCCAAGGUCGGGUCGGCAGCGCCCGGAGCGACCCGGCGCGACCACCUCGUCCGAGAGUCGGAAGGCAGAGAAGCGCGGAGGGUGUGCCCAGGCUGCAGCUGAGCUGGGGCGGGCGCGCCUCUCCCGCCGGCCGGGGCAGCGAAGGCGCAGCAGGCCCUUCAGCCGCCCGCCCUCCCGGCCGCGCCCCGCCCCGCCGCGCCCCGCCGCGCCCCGCCGCGCCCCGCCGCGCCCCUCACCCGCUCGCCCUCCGGUGGUCGCGUCCGCCCGCUCGCUCGCUCGCUCGCCUGCCCGCAGGCCGAUAGGAGUGCGCGCGCCCGAGACGCCGGCCAACGCAGGCCCGCGAAGCUCCGGUCCCGCCCUUUGUGACACCGCUCACCAAUCACCGACCAGCGCUGCCGGCGCCCUCCAAUCAGCCCGCGAGGGGCGGGGCCUAGCCUUCCGAGGCUGGCGGUUGCUCGGACGCCCGGGUCGCACCGGCAUUCAGGGAGGGUUGUCGGUUAGUAGAGGCCCGGAUGUUGACACUUUCUCACUGGAAGCAGGACCCAUCUGGGGCAAGGCAGGAGACGGGAGACGGGUCACAGGGGCCGAAGAGCCGGUGCCAGAGUGGAGUGCCUUGGCUGGGGCACUUCUAAGGUUCUUUGGGGACAGGAGGGUCUUUGGCAUUUGUCAGCUACUCAUGGCCUUUCCAGAGCCAAGGACACUUAAAAGGACAUCCAGGUGGUUCAGCUCAAGGGUUUUACUAGGUGGACUGCAGAGAAGGCCAUCAAAGCGCUCCCUCACAGUCAGCUUGGGAAAGUACCCUGGCCCUGAUCAGUCUUCUCCCACCUUCAUUAUCCUGAGACCUGAGCCACUAGUCUCCACAGCUUCAAGUCCUCAGUACUGAGGGGAACGGUAAGGUGAGGCCCUGGGCUUUUGUCAGACUCCUGCCCAUGAUCGGGCUUACAACUUCAGACUCUGUUGAGGACAAAGCCACGAUGGUAACAGAGAACACAAGAACAGGGCCUGUGCCAGAAAUCGGGAUUACUCAGAGCACAGGCUCUGGCAUCCAGUGGAUGAGCCAUAUCAUCAGUCAUAACCUACCAUAUUAAAGGGCAGACAAAAAGGUCCAUUUUCAAUAACGAUCUUGCAAUUUUAGUACUGAAACCAGUUACAGAAGAGGAAACAAAAGCUAAGAAAGGCAAAAUUUUGCCUACAAUUAAACCAUCCCAUUUCCCGAAACUACUCAACUCUGACUGGGGUAGCCAGGUAAUGUGGCCGAUGGGAUGGCUGUAUUCCAAUAAAACUUUCUUCACAGUAUCAAGACAACAGAGGACCACAGUUCCCCUUAGAAGACUGCAGACCCUUUUUUUUUUUUUGGAAUUCAGUAGAAAGCUCUUCUCAUGGGCUUAGAACCAUAAAUGCAUAAUCCUUUACCACCUUCCUCUUUCGCCUGCCUACAUCACCGCACUGAGACCAACAGAGCAACCCUCCUGGUCUGAUCUGCUGUCUGACAGUGGCUCCUCUACAUUCCCUGCCCACGCAUGAAACCACAGAGCGCUUUCUUCUGUUUACAUGCACUAUUAUGUACUCUUAUUAAGUAAAAACAAACCACCGUAAA